GACCUAAUUGCAGACUAGGACAAUUAAUUGAUUUACAAUAAAUUCGAAUCUUAAACUGUAAUUGAUCCUUAAUAGUAAACCAUGCAGGAAUGCAUUCAUGCAUGUUAGAUGAUAGACAAUGUUCUGGCUAUCUGUUGCGGAUGCGUUUUGACCAGUUCAGCCAAAAGUAUCGCUAUCCAAGUCGCUACCUGUUAGCGUGUGAGCAGUAAUUGGAUGCAUAAUUGAUUUGAUUAACGGAUAACCAACAGCUGGUUCUUGUUUGAGAGUGGGCAAUAGUUCUUCGUUCAGUAAAUUAUCUGACAUACUCCUGCCAAGUUCAGCAAAACAAUGUGUACAAUUUCAUUCAUCUUAGCUCUUCCAGUUGUAGUCUAUUGCGUAUACCUAAUAGGAGCAGGAUCAAAUGAAGGCAAUAACUCAAUUCGUCGCGUUAUCAUCGACGUUGAUGCUGGCCCCGAUGACGCGUGGGCACUUUAUCACCUGAUGAGCAGCCCAAACGUGAAGAUUGAAGCCAUCAGCUGUGUCAAAGGAAACGCGAACGUGACCAUGGUGGGGCGGAACGUGAUGCGAAUUUUGGCCGCGAUGGGAAAGGAGAACGAGGUUCCCGUGUUCUUGGGAUCAAACGAACGUUUGAUUACUCCAGAACCGACUGUGAACCCGGACGAUAUGUACUUUGGAGUGGACGGAUUUUCCGACGUGGAUUACUCUCAUUUGCCACCGCCGAAUAUGGCCCUGCUGAAAACAGGUGCAGUUCACGAAAUUGCAAGACUCAUUUUGAAGUACCCUUCUGAAAUAAGCUUCAUCAGCUUGGGACCACUCACAAAUCUAGCACUGGCUCUGAAAGCAUACCCUGAAACUCGUCAACUGAUAAAAGAAGUCCUCAUAAUGGGUGGAAACCGGCAUGGUGUUGGCAACACAGAGAGUGCCGCCGAGUUUAACUUUUACCAUGACCCAGAGGGUGCCAACAUCGUGCUCAACAAUUAUCCCGGUCCAAUCACAAUUCUACCCUGGGAAACGGCUAACCGCGAGAACCUGGUGAUGAACCAAACGUGGCGGUUCGGGACGAUCGCGAGCGUCCCGCCAAAUCCCGUGCUGGAGAUACUAAACCCCGCGGAACGAAAGGCUCUGGAAGCGGGUGCCAACUGGUUGCCCUGUGACUUGCUAGUUGCGAUGGCAUUCACCCAUCCGGAAUUGGUCACGGAGCGGCAGCAAUAUCCGGGAAGCGUGGAACUUGCCGGACUUUUGACGCGGGGUCAGCUUGUGUUGAACCAUCGCAGUGAAGGAACCGGCCACAUCACCAUCGUUGACAACAUGGACCACUUUGCGGUGCAGCGAUUGAUCAUGGGACUGGCCGCAGGAUGAGAGGGAUGUGCGAGUUUUGGAAAGUAGAAAAAAAAAAAAAAAAAAAACUAGCAAAUCUUAAAUUUAAGGACUCUUAAAUUGAUAGAUAUUCUUAGACCGUAACAGAAGGAAGUAAAAUGUAAAAAUAAGUAUGGAGUUUUAUCUUAUUUGAUUAAGAAAUGCUGAAAAUUAUGAAAAAAAACAAAACAGGCAAAAUGUAAAAAAAAAGAUUUAAGAAUAUGUUAAAAUGAGAAAUGGACAUGAAAAUAUUUAAAUAUGAGAG